CACGGCCAGGUGGGACCCAGGAGCUCUCCAGCUAGCUGCGCCUGCGUGCGUCCCUCUCUCUCCCCAUCCGCAGCCGGCAGCUCUCCUCUCCAGCUCUUCUCCAUUGUUAACCUCGGAAUCUUUCUUCCUGUCCCACCGGUGUAGCGGCGCUUAUAUAAUCCCACUCCCGUUCCACUACACACACAGCCCCGCCGGCGCGCGCGCCGACCCCCCUCCUGCCAGGCGAAGGAACCAAAGGGGGGAAAUGAUGGAUCUCGCGGGCAACCGGCAGAGGCUCAUCGCCGGCGCGGCGCUGCUGGUGGCCACCAUCGCCUUCAUCAAGCUCCUCCUGCGGUCGGGCUCCCGCGGCAAGCGGCUGCCGCCAAACAUUGCCGCGGCUCCUGUGGUGGGCGGCCUGGUCCGGUUCAUGCGCGGCCCCAUCCCGAUGAUCCGGGAGGAGUACGCGCGCCUCGGCGGCGUAUUCACCGUCCCCAUCCUCAGCCGCAAGAUCACCUUCCUGAUCGGUCCCGAGGUGUCGGCGCACUUCUUCAAGGGCAACGAGGCCGAGAUGAGCCAGCAGGAGGUGUACAGGUUCAACGUGCCCACGUUCGGCCCCGGGGUCGUGUUCGAUGUCGACUAUUCGGUGAGGCAGGAGCAGUUCCGUUUCUUCACCGAGGCGCUCCGUGCUAACAAGCUCCGCAGCUAUGUCGAUCAGAUGGUUGCUGAGGCUGAGGAGUAUUUCUCGAAAUGGGGAGAAAGCGGCACUGUGGAUUUGAAGUAUGAGCUGGAGCACCUCAUCAUACUGACAGCUAGCCGAUGCUUGCUGGGAAGGGAGGUGCGAGAAAAGCUCUUUGACGAUGUUUCCGCACUCUUCCAUGACCUUGACAAUGGGAUGCAGCCAGUCAGUGUCAUAUUCCCCUACCUCCCAAUCCCUGCACAUUGGCGCCGUGAUCGAGCACGGGCACGUUUGGCAGAAAUCUUCUCCACCAUCAUCAAGUCCCGCAAGGCCUCUGGACAAUCUGAGGAAGACAUGCUGCAGUGCUUCAUUGAUUCCAAGUACAAGAAUGGACGCUCCACCACAGAGGGUGAGGUAACCGGGCUACUUAUCGCGGCACUUUUUGCUGGACAGCACACUAGUUCCAUCACCUCGACCUGGACCGGGGCCUACCUCCUUCGGUUCAAGCAGUACUUUGUGGAGGCCAUAGAGGAGCAGAAGGAGGUCAUGAAGAGGCAUGGAGACAAGAUUGACCAUGACAUCUUGGCAGAGAUGGAUGUCCUGUACCGGUGCAUUAAGGAGGCUCUCCGGCUUCACCCGCCGCUAAUCAUGUUGCUUCGCCAGUCGCACAAUGACUUCACCGUGACAACGAAGGAAGGCAAAGAAUAUGACAUCCCCAAGGGCCACAUUGUCGCGACAUCCCCAUCCUUCGCCAACAGGCUGCCCCACAUCUACAAGAAUCCCGACUCGUACGAUCCUGACCGCUUUAGUCCUGGAAGGGAGGAGGACAAGGCUGCAGGUGCCUUCUCAUACAUCUCCUUUGGUGGCGGCAGGCACGGUUGCCUUGGCGAGCCCUUCGCCUACCUCCAGAUCAAGGCGAUCUGGACACACCUGCUGAGGAACUUUGAGUUCGAGCUGGUCUCGCCGUUCCCAGAGAAUGACUGGAACGCUAUGGUCGUUGGCAUCAAGGGUGAGGUGAUGGUGAACUACAAGCGGUGGAAGCUCGUUGUUGACAACUAAGACCAUGGCCGUCUCUUAGGAUGUGUGCUCCUUGUCAGUUGCAUAUUUUUCACCUGUUUGUCAGCAUUUGUUCGGUGUAAGUUCUGCUAUGUUCAAGCCAGCUUUGUAGGUGUGCUUCCAUUGUAUAGGACUCUGUAAUUUGCUUCAAUCAUGAUCUGCAACUUGUCCUGUGAGCUGCCUAUUGAUAACAGAGUCCCCCUGUGUUAACUUGUA